UUAUAAUAAUAUUUAUAUUUAUAAUUAUAAAUACUCUGUAUGUGUAUAAUGAAAGAACUAUUUGGAAGUAUCCUUCUACUUUUUGUGAAAAGGGACCGAUACCCCCACCACAGUUCUUCAAGAAGUUCUCCUACCCUUUUCCGAACAACCCUUGUAAAUGGUAUAAAACCUACUGAAUUUAGGUAGAUAUCUUAAACGUUCUUCGUCAGUCUUAGGAAGUAGCCAGUCAGUGAGCAUCUCGCAAUUCCUCAAACAGAUUCUAAGUUCCUUUACACGGCGUCUGUGACUAACUAAUGUGUCUGUUUAAAAAUUUAUCGUAAAAUAUUGUGUCAUACAGAGAUAGUGAUUACAGUGCAAUAAAUAAAGAUUUUACAUAUAUAUAUAUAUUCAAAUUUUUUAUAAGUGAUCAAAUAGUUACUUAUAAAGUAUUUGUUAAUAUUCAACAGAAACUGAACUAGUCCCGGAAAACCAAAAAGAAAUAUUUUUAUUUCUAACAUUCUAACUAAGUGUAUAUUCUAACUAAUUACAAAAGUCACCUUUGAUUUGAUCUUUUAUAUAUAUUAUAACAGAUUACGUUCUAUUUCGUUAUACGUGCGAGUUUUGUGUUAAUUGAAGAAAACAAAAACUAAAUUUUCUUUCUCAGUAAAAAAGGAAAAAGUGUGAAAAAGAAAAAAAUCAUCAAAAAAAUGGAUAUGAAUUCGGCGGCUAUACUUUAUAAUACGCAAUCACAAAUUUGUGCAAAUUAUCAAGUCCCUCUGAACGAACAAAAAAACCCGUCAUCACCUAACGAAUCAAUGGAACAACCAACAGACUUAUCCAAUUCAUCUAAUCACAAUACUUCGGAAGACACAGUUUCAGAAGGCUCGAUAUUAGAUUUGUCAUGCAAAUCAACAUCAUUUUCACUUAAGACCAGUAAUAAUCCUGACACGAUUCAAACGAUGGUAAGUGAUAUACCUGCGGUAUACACGACAAAUCUUAAUACUCGUAAAAGAAGAUACACCAAUAAUUCUGAUACAUUAUCAUCGGAAUCCGACUCAGGAAAUAUAAACGAACACGAAGAAAGAUCACCGAACAUUCUUAUGAUGAACAAUAAUAACACAACCCAAGUACCAUCUUAUUUGCCAAUGAACGUCCCGAUUGCAGUUCCGAUUCCCCCAACUUCAACGAUAUUAUCUAGUUUGCUCACUUCAAAUCCAUUUGAACCAAAUAGGAAUAAUAUCAUUAACACGAAUAUUCAAUUAUCAACCAUUGCAACGCCAACAAUACCACCAAUUAAUCUCUAUAAUCACGAAAAUUCGAAAACAAUGCCUAGACCGUUUAAAGCUUAUACUUUAAAUGCUCCGCCUAACAGUAUUAAUUCGGCUUUUUCUCUAAAUUCCGAUAAGUCGUUUGCAAAAUUUCGAGAACAGGUACUUAUGUCAGUUAAACAUCAAAAAGAAUCGUCUAAUCCUAAAAUGCGAAGACCCAAGAAAACUUCAUCAUCGGCAGUACCAACAAGUACCGUAGAGGAAAAGGAUGCUGUUUAUCUUGAAAAACGGAGAAGAAAUAACGAAGCCGCUAAACGUUCGAGAGAUGCUAGAAGAGCUAAGGAAGAUGAAAUUGCAAUAAAGGCUGCUUAUUUGGAACAAGAAAAUAUGACGCUUAAAAUUAACUUGGAUGUACUCAGGGAAGAAUGCAAACGGUUGGCUAGUAUAGUAAACAAGUAUAAUGGCGCUUAGACGAUUCAAUUUUCAUUUGUGAACAAAUUAAAUGUUCACGUCAUAUUAUUCCUUCGUGUAAUGGAAUAAUUAUCCUGUACAGUAAUUUUAAUAAGAAAAAUAUGUUCAAGAAGAUAUAUCAGAUUAAGAGACAUUCGUUCAUUCGUUCGUUCUGUUCAUUACACCUAUCUAAUCACAUUUUUAACUUUUUCUAAUUGUAAAUAUAAAAAGCUAAAUCAUUUUAUUAUACUGUUAAAUUA